ACUAGAAUAGUGCGUUUUUGUGCAACUGUGUAGUUUGGAGACGGCCCCUAAUGUCUCAUAGUCCGGGGUCCAGGUGAAGCCUUUUACCGGUGGCUAUUCUCAAGUAAAAUGAGCUAGUAACUAUUAGCUGAUUUAACAACAUGUUUGGCAUCUGCACUUAUUUCUUUAAGAAUACAUUACCGUUUCGUUUGUGACUUUUUUAAACCGGUUGUACUGGUGUAACGCCUGAGACACUUUCCUCCCGUGGCUCGCACCCAGUCUAUGCUCACACCCUAACCUCACGAAUACAUCUGUUCAGUCCGACAUGAAAAGAAACGGCGCGUAUAAGGUUUUGUCCGUAUUGUCGUUUUUCGUCGUGCUGCUGUUUAUGUUUCUAUUUUGGUUUUUUAUAUUUUACUCAAUUACUCUUGCACCAUAAGAAAGACUCAAGAGGUACACACACUGACGUUAGCAUAUGCUACACUGUGAGGCUACUUACCCACAAUGCACAGCUCUGUUGACAAGUCCCGCGAUCACAUGAUCACCUUCACCAGGAAGUAAGGAUUUCUGAUUGUCGUACUUGGCUGCUCAAACUGUUAUUGAAGUGAUGGCAUCUGACACCAGUGAAGCAGCGUCCUCCACUCCAGACCUCAAGCUGCAGUUUGCUCCCUUCAGCAGCGCUCUGGAGGCCGGCUUCUGGCACCAGCUGACUCAGAAGAAACUCAACGACUACAGAUUGGACGAAAGCCCCAAGUGUAUCAAAGGAUAUUACUACAAUGGUGACCCACUUGGUUUGCCCACUCGCCUGACAUUGGAGUUCAGUGCAUUUGAAGUGGACGGUCCCACACCAUCCCGUUGCUGUCCAACUGUUGGAACGCUGUAUAACACCAACACACUUGAUGCCUUUAAGACCUCCGAUAAGAAGGCUCUGCUGGAGAAAGAGGCCAAGGAGAUAUGGGAUGCUAUACAGUCCGGGGCUGCAUUGAAGGACCCGUCCAUCCUCUGCAAAUUCAUCCUGCUGACCUUUGCAGAUUUGAAGAAGUACCACUUCUACUACUGGUUCUGCUUCCCUGCUCUUUGUUUCCCAGAGGGAAUAAAGAUUGUGAAACAGCCCGCUGCCCUAGAACAAGUUUUCUCAGCAAAACAGAUCACAGCCUUGCAGGAUGCCUAUGACUCAAUGUGUAUCAAAAAAGAGACCACUGCAGUGCCUUACUUCCUAAUGAAGUACACAGAAGACACGGUUCAGAUGGCUGCACUCAGUGACUGGGACACGUUCUUCACUGAUACUAAGAAGGUUACUGUGGGCGUCUACGAUCCGUGUACUCUGUCUCAACAUCCGGGCUGGCCUUUGAGAAAUCUGCUGGUCCUCUUAGCUUACCAAUGGGGCUCUAAGCUGGACACAGUGGAGGUGCUGUGUUUCAGGGACAGAACUCUGCAGGGCAGCCGCUCCAUUCAGCACAGUGUCAUCUUCCAGAUAAAACUACCUGGGUUUCCCCUCAACUCAGCGUGUCCCAAGAGCGUAGGUUGGGAGAAGAACCCAAAGGGGGCCAUGGGUCCAAGGAUGGUCAACCUCAGCGAAUGCAUGGACCCUAAAAGGCUUGCAGAGUCCUCAGUGGACCUGAACCUGAAGCUGAUGAGAUGGAGGCUGGUUCCUACCCUGGACCUGGACAAGGUGGUCUCCACAAAGUGCCUCCUGCUGGGGGCCGGGACUCUGGGCUGCAAUGUAGCCAGGGCUCUCAUGGGAUGGGGAGUGAGACACAUCACAUUUGUAGACAACGCGAAUAUUUCAUACUCCAAUCCAGUCCGGCAGCCGCUCUAUGAGUUUGAGGACUGUCUCGGAGGAGGGAAGUCCAAAGCCCUUGCAGCUGUGGACCGCCUCACCAAGAUCUUUCCUGGUGUGAAUGCAGAGGGAUUCAACAUGAGCAUCCCUAUGCCUGGUCACCCAGUGAAUUUCUCUGAGGCCACUCUUUCCCAGGCCCAGAAGGAUGUCGAGCACCUGGAGAAGCUCAUUUCAGAACACGACGUGAUCUUCUUACUAAUGGAUACGAGGGAGAGCCGCUGGCUGCCCACAGUGAUAGGUGCAAGCAAGAGGAAGCUUGUGAUGAACGCCGCUCUAGGCUUUGACACAUUUGUCGUGAUGCGCCACGGCCUGAAGAAACCCCCCGUCAGUCAAAGUGUUUCUGCAGGGGCCGACUCCUCCACUUCCUGUUCUUCUGCCUCCUCUUCAUCCUCCACACCCGCCGGCACAGCACCUACUGUCCCAGGAUCCUCUCUGUUCUCCAACAUCCCAGGGCACAAGCUGGGCUGCUACUUCUGCAACGAUGUGGUGGCACCAGGAGAUUCAACCAGGGAUCGGACUCUGGAUCAGCAGUGCACGGUCAGUAGACCAGGCCUGGCCAUGAUAGCUGGAGCCCUCGCUGUGGAGAUGAUGGUGUCCAUACUGCAACACACUGAAGGAGGCUAUGCAAUAGCCAGCAGCAGUGAUGACAGGAUGAAUGAACCUCCCACCUCUCUGGGUCUAGUGCCACAUCAGAUCCGGGGCUUUCUUUCAAGGUUUGACAAUGUCCUGCCUGCAAGCAUGGCCUUUGACAAAUGCACCGCCUGCUCACCCAUUGUCCUUGAGCACUAUGAGAAGGAAGGUUUCAACUUCCUGUCCAAUGUGUUUAAUUCAUCCCACUCCUUCCUGGAGGACCUGACAGGGCUAACCCUGCUGCACCAGGAGACACAGGCUGCAGAGAGCAGGAUGUUUUGCUGUAAUGCAUCAUCCCAAAGCUCAAUCUGUUUCAGAAUGGAUAAUGUGUUCAUCGCUGUGUUGAUGAGGCACACAUUCAGUGAGAGACGGAGACACAGAGCAGAAACACAAAGUAUUUGGGAUAUGAGCGACGAUGAGAGCAUCUGAAGGACUGGAGAAACAAACCCCCCCCGAUCCUUCAGCUUCUGUCUGAUUUGGGUUUUUUAAGGAUAUGUACAAAUGAAAAGGGCUUUGCGGGUGACAGUAGAUUCACAGAUACAACUCAAACCAAGCUAAACUACCAGGAAUGCAGCUAAAAUAAAAGCUAUACAAUUCCUAUUAGCUCAUUUGGAUUCACGAGUAAUAUGGUUACAAUUAUAAACAAUAAAAGUUUAACUGCUAAAGUAUUCAGUGAAUUUCUGUUUUCACUUUUACGUCAGUUCAUUUUUCACUUUGUGAGUAUUAAGCUGUUGUAUUUAAGGGAGAAUGUAGUUCCUAUCUCUUCAUGGUGUGUUAUCAGUCACAUUCACUCAAUGUUUACCUGAGACAAAACACAACAAAACACUUGUAUUAAUGGGCUUUAUUUUUGUCUUUAAAAAAAAUCUCACCGACUAGACCCAGAUUCAAUCCCCCCCACCGUCUCUCCAUCAACACAUUUAAUGGGUUUGCUGUGUCCUUUGGCAAGACGUUGACUAACAACAUCUGUUCGCUCACUCGGAGUGCUUCAGAUUGAUUAUUAAAUUACAAAAACACAGUUGACAACUCAGCAAAUCCAUCCAUCUCCCUGUGUGUUUACCGGAGACUGUGAUACAUACAGUGCAGUUAAUAAUAAAACUAGCUCAUACUGUGCAACUGAUGUGGAAAUUUUUUACUGUUGCUAUAGACAACCUGGAAGCUAAAACUGCACGGUUUAAUAUAAAAGAGCCGACGGACAAACUGAAGGUCUUUAUGGUCUGUUAGUGGUGACGCUUGCAUGUCUUUAUCUGUUGCUUUUCUUACUGCUGUGUGAUAUUUCUCUGUACUGAUUAUAUGUAUGAUACUUUCAGUGUGACGACAUGUCAACAGCCGCCUUCAUAUGUAUGGAAGAUAAUAAGUGCAACGUGAGAAAAAUGGAACCUUCGUUUCAGAAUUUGAAAAGUGAUGUCAGAAUUGUGAGAAAUACAAUUCCGGGAUCAUCCUGACCUCAGACUUGUUCCCGUUAUGAAUUUCUCAAAAUUGAGAUGGCAUUUAUAAUUCUGACUUGGUUUUCAAUGUUCUAUUCUCAGUUGUUUUUGUCAUGCUUUUUUUCUUCUGUAAGUAUAACCAAUGAAUAAACGGUCUCUUUACUA